AGGAACAUUUUUGUCGGGUGUGUUUUCUGAACUUUCAUCAGCAUCCACUGUUGUGAACAAGAGCAGCCUAAUGUGUCAACAUCAGAACUAAAUACAUUUUGAACAAACACCAUGGCAUCUAAGCGUCCGCGAGAAGCAGACGGUGCUGGUGGAGACGACAGCUACGAUCGCUGCAUCUUCCGUUAUGUUGAAUACCAGCUUUGAGUAGUGUAUGAAACGAAAAAGUGCACUCACACUCAAGAAAUUGGCUAGGAUUUAAGUAGUCUCUCAAGAUGGGCACUAUAGCAUGUGCUGCAGCUUUUAACAAGAAAGGAACCUUUACAAUCACAAAGGCACUCUAAUGUCGCGGAAAUCUUAUCGAGCCAGACACUGCUGGUUUUCUCAAAAAGACUAAGACGGACAAUGCUGACACGCAAUUUUUCAAGUGUUUUUCGUGCGACGAUCGGGUUAGCAGUUCCUUCGUUCAACGGUGGUUUCACGCGCAGAAGAAAGUCCGAAUUAAAAGGGUGUGUGACGGCUUCAGCGGGCGAUUCAUUUGUCCGAAAUGUCACUUGCGAAAACUAGACCAGUUUCACCCUAUUUUGAACGGCGCUCUUCCCUUGUCAACGGAAAGAUUAACGCAGCGCUCUGAGGCGUGUAUGAGUAUGGCCUACAAUGAAGCGUUCUGAUAUUCAUUCCUAUCCUCGAAGUACUAGUAUAACGAGGCAAUUUUCUCUCACUUCAAUUCAAUGCCUCUACUUUUUUUUUGUAGCGCGAGCGAGUUCCGAAAAAUCAAAACCUACCUGCGUACUUUCCGCGUGGAUACCGGCAAAGGGGGGCUCCGGAUCUACUCUAAAAGCCUCUGCGAUUUUAGUGCUGACUGCUGGAGUUGUCUUUGAAAGCAGUACUAGUGUGUAGAUGAUUUUGUUAUUUCUUGUAUCUUCAUCAGUAUGCCUCACUCGAGUUUGCGCAGUCGCUUUGAUUCUUCUAACAACGAAACAAGCCCUACGCAAAAGAAGCCUCCAGAAUUCCAGCUAAGCGAGUUUUUGUUGGAUCGCGCGAAAGUUGUGAGAUGGCUUUCAUGCACCGUCGACAACACAGGUGGGGUGGUGGCGCAAAAAGAUAAAAAGAUUCAUCUCCGAUGCGUUCGUUGUGACGAGGGUGACUUUGCCGGACCCUACUGGCCAAACAAAGUGAUCGUAUCAGUUGAGAACAGGCCGAUAAAGCACACGGGCGAACCACUUGGUGUACGGCAAAAAUGUUGAAUAGUCAUACAGACAUGAUAUAAGGUUUAAUAUAACUGACGUGCCUUGUUCAUACUAAUACUUCGUUCCUUGCAAGAAGGUUUGAUAUCUUCAACCAUAAAACAAGUCUAACUCGUGCUCCAGCUCACGGCGUUGUAUUCUUUUUGGAAUUAAAUGACAACAAGAAGCCAAAAAUGUUCAUUUCUAAUCCAACCCAAGCAAAUCAACACCAUCAAUCCGCCGCAGAUGGGCCACUGUCGGAAGGAACCGCUAUCCGUCGACUUGACUCCAGCGAUUUUAAUGUCCCUUGAGGAGGAGAUGAGAAAAAAGCGAAUUAUGGUAGAAAUCGUCAGGAAAUUCUUCGGCAAUCAGCUGAGUGGAUUCGUAUCGUGAUAUACUUUUACUAACUAGGUAGUUCAUUUCUUGCGCUGACAAUUUUUACGCCUGCUACAUCGGCUCGGAAUUAUUUUCGAUGUCAACUGCAUAGAUAGACUAAAAAGUAAGUAGGAAUUGUAAAUGCGAAUCCUCGUCUAAUCUCACCCGGAACCUCGACAGCGUUACUGGCAGUGUCUCAGUGAAGGUGGAUAUGGUUUACUCAACUGAGAUAGAACAGGAAGAUGGGCCUCCGCCAACAGCGUUUGCACUGGCGCCCUACCUAGUUCGGCCGACCGACUGGCUCACACUAAAAAAGAAAACACUGACGAUUUUGCGAACCACACAGAUUAUGACCUAAACCAAGUUACGUCCUCCUACAAUGCAAGUAAAUGCACUUGGACGCGGACAAAUUAAGUGUAUUCACUUCUUCUAGGGGUAUCGCUGUUGCAGCGCAUUUUUAAGAUUUAUACGAACGAGGUAGUCUUGCUGCUCACAAACUAGGAAAAGAGUCAGCUGCUCAAAAAUAUUUGAAGACUUAUAUGACUUAAAUGUCUUUAUUUUUAGUUUGUUGUUUUUCCAUCUAAUCAAACCCCGGACCCGCGUGAACGAAUACAAAAUAGCGGUUAUUUUAUAGAGCAGACAGCAGCAGCGGAUGACGACAUCGAGGUCACGGGAGAUAACGUCGAGGCGCGAUCGAUCCGAUUGGUGGAUGAACUGACUUUAUGAGAAGAUAGAAAUUCCUCUGUACUAGUAAUUUAUUGUUCUUCAAUCCUGUAAUCAUUUGUGCUGAACUUCUCUUCAAUCCUGUAAUCAUUUGUGCUGAACUUCGAUAAGACUUCGUCAGUUUUCCUGCUGGUCAUAGAGAAUGGUAAUUGGAAUGGUCUAGUGCUUCUUCCUCUAACGCAAGGUUGCACCAUGCAAACUCCAGUAGUCGGUGUGUUUUGCCGGCACUUGCAGUGUUUCGAUCUGGACGCUUUUCUGCAAUUGCAGCUACAGCAGAAAAAUGCAGGGCAGCGAUGGCGCUGCCCCAUUUGUAAGCUGCGUUGUAGACCUUGGGACUUACGCUUUUGCCGCUUCACCAAAGAGAUCAUCGACAAAGCUACAAGACUUUCGCGGGCGAAGGCUGGUGAUGGUGCAAAUGACGACGAGGAGCUCGAUUUUCUCGACGAAGAGUUUCAAUGUGCGAUGCUUGAUGCAGAUGGACGCUACAGUUUCGACUACAAAAAAGCUUUGCAGCAGGAACGACAGGGCGACGUCUUGUGCGUAGACGAGGAUGAGGAAGAUCGUGCUCCUCAACUAGCACCGCCGCGCCUUGUCAACCCCGCUACUCUCACAGAUGCACACGAGCCACGCGAUACUUCCACGGAAGCACUACGCAGGGGUGUGCCGCCAUCCGCAUCGACAGUGCCACCGGCUGCCUCGAUAGUGCCACCGCCUGCUUCGACAGUGCCACCAACUGUUUCGACAGUGCCUCCGCCUGCUUCGACAGUGCCGCCAUGUGUUUCGACAGGCACUAGACGAGAAACUAUUAUCGAGUUGGAGGAUAGCAGUGACGAAGAAUAGGUCUUCUUAUGAGGAUUUUUCUUGCUCUUUCACAUUUCUCGAGCACUUUAUGCAAAAAUCCUUGAACUCCUUUUUCCACGUGUACCUGUACGAUAUUCUGCGCAAAUUACAAGUAGACACGACCAGCACGAAUUUGAU